AUGGUUAAAUCUGUCAGGCUUAUAUACAUAAGGACACACCAAAAAUCACUACGGUGCGAAGCUUUAAAAGGAUUGACAGAUGCGUUGACGCGGGGUGAAGUACAAGCUAGCACCCAAGGAAAGUGGAUACUCCUACCAUCAAGUUUUACGGGCGGAGCAAGGUACAUGAUCCAGAAUUACCAGGAUGCAAUGGCCAUUUGUAGACACAUUGGUUACCCCAAUCUAUUUGUAACGUUCACAUGUAAUACAAAAUGGCCUGAAAUACAGCGAUACAUUACCAAGAGAAAUCUCAAUGCGGAAGACCGUCCAAAUAUUUUAUGUCGUAUAUUCAAGAUGAAAUUGGAUUGUCUAAUAAAGGGAGUCAAGAAUGGUGAACUUUUUGGUCCUGUGAAAUCAGUUAUUUACACCAUUGAGUUCCAAAAACGUGGACUGCCGCAUGCACAUAUUCUAGUAUUCCUCAAGAACAAAGCUGACAUGACGAGUCCGACGUACAUGGAUUCAGUUAUAAAGGCUGAGGUACCAGACAAGAUAGUGGACAUGGAAUACUACAAUGCAGUCGAGAAAUUCAUGGUUCACGGACCGUGUGGGAUCGCUAGAAGAAAUUAUCCGUGCAUGGUUAAUGGAAAGUGUUCAAAACACUUCCCCAAACGAUUUGUAGCAGAGUCUGGAUACCUGCUUUUGAGGUACAAGGCCCAUAUCAACAUAGAAUGGUGCAACCAGUCGAGAUCAAUCAAGUACCUCUUCAAGUAUGUCAAUAAGGGUAAUGACCGGGUUACGACAGAACUCUACAGUAGUACCACCGACGAAAACAGUGAGGGGGUGGUGGAUGAGAUUAAUAUGUACUACGAUUGUAGAUACGUUUCAGCAUGCGAGGCAGCUUGGCGACUAUUCAGUUCUGAAGUCCAAUAUCGGACACCGGCUGUUGAGAGAUUAAGCUUCCACCUUCCAAAUUGUCGGGAAACAGUGCGACAAAGUAUGUUCAAAGGAUGGUUCGAAGCAAAUAAGAAAUAUGAAGACUCACGUUUGUUAACAUACAUUGAAAUGCCCAAUAUAUUUGUUUGGAAGAAAGAUAUUCGAGAGUGGCAUCCAAAGAAGAAGGGGUUCUCAAUUGGUCGCAUCUUCUUUGUACCUCCUGGUAGCGGUGAAGUAUAUCAUCUUAGAUGUCUUCUAAAUAUUGUUCGUGGACCAACCAGUUUUAAGGACAUUAUGCCAUUUAAUGGGGUAGAAUACAUGACAUUUAGGGAUGCAUGUUAUGCGCGUGGAUUAUUAGAUGACGACAAAGAGUAUAUUGAUGCAAUUGAGGAAGCAAGCCAUUGGUCAACUGGACAUGCGAUAAGGAAGUUGUUUGUUAUAUUGUUGCUAUCAAACUCAUUAUCCAGACCUGAACAUGUAUGGCAUGAGGUGUGGCAUCAUUUAGCAGAAGAUGCUCAAUUCAUGUAUAGGAAACGACUAAAUAAACCAAGUUUUACAAUCAUGCAUAAAACAUACAUUUAA